UCGGAAUCGAAUCUAAAAAGCAGAGAGGUAACUCGCAUUUUCCAAGGACCCUUUUGUAAACCAAAACCACUGGUCUUUGCACAGAAAAAAAAAAGAAAAAAAAGCGAAGAGCCCUAAGGACCCAUCUCUGUUCGAGCGAGAGAAGACGAUAAUGGCGACAAACAGCGCAGCGGCGGUGGAUUUGGAAGAUGUUCAGACCGUCGAUCUCAUGUCCGAACUCCUCCGUCGUAUGAAAUGUGCUUCAAAGCCUGAAAAGCGCCUCAUUUUCAUUGGUCCUCCCGGUUCGGGGAAAGGCACGCAGUCUCCCGUGAUCAAGGAUGAGUUCUGCUUGUGCCACUUGUCAACCGGUGAUAUGCUGAGAGCAGCUGUUGCGGCGAAGACUCCUCUCGGCGUAAAAGCAAAGGAGGCAAUGGAAAAGGGAGAUCUUGUAUCGGAUGACUUGGUUGUCGGCAUCAUGGAUGAAGCAAUGAACAGACCGAAAUGUCAGAAAGGUUUCAUUCUUGACGGGUUCCCGAGGACCGUGACCCAAGCCGAGAAGCUCGAUGAGAUGCUCAAGAGGCGAGGAUCCGAAAUUGACAAAGUUCUCAACUUUGCUAUCGAUGAUUCUAUUCUAGAAGAAAGAAUUACCGGGCGGUGGAUCCACCCUUCAAGUGGCAGGUCUUACCACACUAAAUUCGCGCCUCCCAAAGUUCCCGGUGUCGAUGAUGUUACCGGAGAACCACUGAUCCAACGUAAAGAUGACAAUGCCGACGUUCUUAGGUCGAGGCUUGACGCAUUCCACAACCAGACAGAACCGGUUAUUCAAUACUACGGCCAGAAGGGAAAACUCGUGAACAUUCCGGCCGAGAAACCUCCUCAAGAGGUUACCGCAGAGGUGAAGAAAGCUGUUUCUGCCUGACCUUAACCGCAUCUGAAUUCCGAAAAUCUUUGUUUUUACGACUUGAAAACGAUCGGUAAGAGACUAAGUACAUACCCCGAGAAAACGCCUCGAUCCAUUGCAGGGCUUGCUUUCGAUUUUUUCGUGACCCGGAUGUUUGAACUGCGUUAAAUAACCGUUGCGCUAUCACUGAUGGGCUUGUUGCAAUAUGCUAAGGGAUGGUUGUCCUUUGUUCCAAUACAUGAGAUUUAAGAAUUUGUCGAACGAACGAAAGAAGGCUUACAUGUCCUACAUCCA